CACCAUCAGUUCCGACAGCGUCGACUUCGACAUCGACCCUGACCGCCAAGCUGCAGCUCCCCUCCCCGCUGCGCCUGCUGAAUAUGCCGUCCCCGGAUCGCUCUGUGCACAAUGAUGCAAGCCUGUAUCGCUUCCGCCGCACAAUCUCCUUCGCCAUGUGCAUCCUCGCCAUGAGCUGCGCCGGCACCAUCUACCUGUUUUCGCUCUAUGGCCCUCAGCUCACGGCCAAGCUCCACUAUACCCAAACCCAGACAACCAUCAUUGCGACCUUGGGCAACUACGGCCAGUAUCUAGGUGGGGCAUUUUGGGGCUCGGUCACCGACCGCCAUCAAAACGACCCGAAGCGAGUCUUUUUCUACGCUGCUGCGUUGCUUUUUUCGGGCUACAGCUUGCUGUCGGCCACCUACGCCGGCACCAUCCGAAGCACACACUACAUCGUGUCCUCAUUCUUCUCGUUCCUGGUUGGAUUCGGAAGUGCCGCGCUGUACCACGGAUCGAUGGGAACCAAUGUCCGCAACUGGCCAACAAGCGACCACGGCUUUGCCGUCGGCAUUCCGGUGUCGUUCCUGGGACUCUCUGCCUUUAUUUUCUCCCAGCUCGCCUCACUAUUCUUUUACAGCCACGACGGACCCGAUAAAUCAACUCUGGAUGUCGCCGGGCUGCUCGCCUUCCUUGGCAUUGCCACCAGUAUCGUUGCCCUAUGCGCUGCGUUCCUCCUGAAAGACGUCCGGCACCUGGCUCCCCACGGACUGCUGCCACGUCUCCUACCACAGCCGGCAGCAUCGCCCGAGACCCAAGAUUUGCUCGCAGAUGGCCCUGCAGUCGAAGAGGCCUUGUCUGUCUCGACCGAACCUCGGCCUUUCUCUGUAUUCGAGGCGAUCCUGUUGACUGUGACGCUGGUCGCCAUUGGCGGGUCCGGACUGUUCUAUGUCAACACCGUUGGCUCGAUUGUGCUGUCUCUCACUCCUGAUCAACAGGGCCCAUCGUCCCCUGUGUUUCAAAAGUACCAAAACUAUCAUGUCAAGAUCCUCUCUGUUUGCAGCUGCAUUGGCCGCCUGCUCACGGGCAUCGGGUCGGAUUGGCUAAUCCGCACCCGCGGCGUCGACCGCCUGGCUUGGGUGGGUGUGUCCGCGGCCCUGAUGGCUCUGGGUCAUUUCGGAGGCUUGUUUGUGCGGUCGCUGGUGGACCUAUGGGCCGUCACGAUCGUCAUUGGUCUGGCCUAUGGAUGCAUCAACACCGCCAUGCCCGUCGUUGUGAGCCACUUUUUUGGCGCUCGCAAGUUUGCCACCAACUGGGGAUGGAUCAGCACAGGCACCGCAGUCGGUGCCCAAAUAUUUGGCAUCAUUUUUGGAAUAGUGUACGAUGCCCAUCAGCGGGACGGCAUUUGUGUGUCUCGUGGAUGCUACAUAGCAUCCUUCGCCGUCAGCUCGUUCGCCUCCGCCCUCGGGAUUGCCCUGACAUUGUACUUGUACUGGAAGAGCCAAGGCAGUCGCUUGACUCGAAUCAAGUUUGCGGCCAUGGCGUUUUGGGUGACCACUUACGGUCUGCUCCUGGCCUCACAUAUCCUAUAUGACACUGUUGCUGCAACCUGAUACUGCCGCCACUGCUCUUUCCAAGAAGACGACGUUGUACUCUGGGGCGCAUCGCCCAGGUGGGCGAGGGGCGGGGGACGUCGCGCUAGAUUGCUUGGUUACUUUUGGUUCUUGCCUGGAUGGGAAAAUGCUGAUUGGAUCGCCAUUGCCACAGGAAGUUGAGACCAAUUGCCACAUGCUUCUGACCUGAAUACAUCUGUACUGCUCGACGGAUGAAUGGCCAGGGCCCCACCUCGGAUCCACAGCAGCGAAGGAUUUGUCUGAGCCAGCUGCCAUCUCGAC